AUGAGUUUCUUGGAAGAAAUAAUUAAAAACAAACAAAAACUGAAAGAGACAGAAACAAUAGUGACGAAGGUAGAUGGAAAAAGGUAUAUUGAGGGUAGACAAGAAAAUAUUGCAUUACCAAGCAAUUAUGGUUUCAUAGUAGAUACAAAACCAGAUGACGUACCGGUUUUAAUUAUUGAUUAUGUAUACAUUGGCUCACAGGAUUGUGUAUUAUAUAAAGUGUUACAAAGUUAUAAAAUAACUAAUGUGCUUAGUUUAGGUAUUGAUGUUGAUUUAAGUGAAGUUAAGCAUAAAUAUGUUGAGUGCUUAGAUUUACCAGAAACGGAUAUAGUGCCUGUAGUGAAAAAGUGUUUGCCGUACAUCCGUGACUCUGUAGCCAAUAAGGAAAAUAUUUUGAUCCAUUGCAAUGCUGGUGUUUCGCGCACUUCUAUGGUCGCAAUAGCGUACUUGAUGUCUUUGGGAAUGGAGUACGACAAUGCGUAUAGUUUAGUAAAAUGUAAAAGACCUGCUAUACAGCCUAAUAUCGGAUUUGUUAAGCAAUUGAAAAAGAUUAAUGUUUCUCAAAUGGCAACCUUGUGAUAUCAAAAACUUAAAGGUUAUAACAUUAUGCUAAGAAGUCAGAAAGCAAUAUAAAAAAAC